AUGUUGAUAAUCAAUUCAAUAAGUGAACAAGAAAUUCGUCCACCUCGGACAAAUAUCCCAUCAACAGAACCAACAACAACAAUAACAAAUCCAAUUGUUCUCCAUGAAAAUCCUAUCUUACAAAAUGCACUUGCAUUAACUAUGUCAGAAAAUUCUGAUCAAAUUUCAUCACCACCACAACCACCAACAACAAACAAUUGA